UUUAUUAUUUUUUUUCUUCCAAAAAAAAGGGGGGCAUUUAGGGCUUGAACAAGCCCUAUAUAUUUCCCGCUUCUGCUUUUAAUCUUAUUAUUUCUAAACUAUCAAGAACUCCAGGAAUGCCCCUGCUUUCCCCACUUCCGAAUUUCUAAUUGAAACUCUGUGAAACUAGAAAUUUUAAGAGGAAUUCACCUGGAAAAUGGAGGGAAGUCCUGAAACCAUUGGGACGUACCGAUUUCCCGGCGAGAUCAGCACAGCCGUCUCCGAGAUUCUACUUUCGGGGACAAAUGCCCUUGAUUCCAUCUUCUCCCACCUCCCGCCGGCGCCGGCGCCGGCGCCGCCACCGGUGACAGCGUACACGGCGAAACCGGUUGGAUCUGGUGUGUAUCUUCGUCAGCAGGAGUUGCUGCGCCGAUUCAUCCCUGAAGCGGCGAUGAUUCGCCGGCGGAUCGAGAUCAGUGCUGGCAUGAAGAAGAAGCUUUAUCGGGGUGUGAGGCAGCGGCAAUGGGGGAAAUGGGUGGCUGAGAUCCGGUUGCCUCAAAACCGGAUGAGGGUUUGGCUGGGGACGUACGACUCGGCGGAGUCGGCAGCGUACGCCUACGAUCGCGCCGCGUACAAGCUCCGUGGUGAGUACGCGAGGCUCAACUUCCCGGAGAUGGCCGGAGACUGCCCGGAGAAGUUCAGAGAGCUAAGAUCCGCCGUCGAUGCGAAGAUCCAGGCCAUUUGCUUGCGGAUCGGGCGGCAACGAAGAGCUAAGCGAGGACGGCAAAGCGAGAAAGAGAAAGGAAAGGAGAAGGAUGAGAUGAGAGCCACGGCAGCGGAGGAGGAUAAGAAGAUGACCGAGGCGGUGACGGGCGAGAUCGUGGUGGGGCCCAGACCAUCAUCGGACGGUCAAUCGGAGUCAUACUCUUCGAUAUCGGACGGUGGCGAUGAGUGUUCGCUUGAGAGGAUUCCUUCUUUCGAUCCGGAACUCAUUUGGGAAGUGCUGGCUAAUUGAAGUUUAAUCAAGAUUAUUAUUAGUAUUUUAAAAUAAUAAUUAUAAUAAUAAUAUGUUAUUAGUAGUGUGUUAAAAUAAGGAGGGAGUUGGGAGGAUUUAUUUAAUAUGUAGUAUAAAUAUAUAGAAAGCAUGUGAGAGACAGUUAAAAGUGAACAACUUUUGAGAUGUUAGGUUUUGUGUAUUGAGAUCUUGAGAUCUUGAGAUCUUGAGAUCUUGCUCUUGUUUUUGAUAAGAGAAAGAAUUUUAUUUAUUUAUUUGUUUAUU